AUGAACAACAGAAACACUCCAUCAGAUGAGGGCUACCAGUCUGACCCUGGCAGACCCAAGACAAGAGAUUUCACCACAGAAGAACUGAAGCUGUUCGCCCGAGAGAAUAAAGCUUUCCGGGAGAAAUACUUCAUCGAAGAAGUUCUUACAAACUCUGCCAAUGGAGUCAUUUACAAAGGAUAUCGAGCUUCCGAUCACUACAAAGUCGUCGCAAAGCAAAUCCCAAAAGCAAAAGUCUUCGAAUGGGGAGCAAUUGGCGACCGAGUUGUUCCUACUGAAAUCGAAAUGCACUUCAAAGCUUCUUCUGUCGAUGGAGUCGUCAAAGUCCUUGACUGGUACGAGCGAAAAACAAGCUUUGUUCUCGUCAUGCAACGACCUUCCAACUCUUGCGAUCUCUUCGACGUCUCUUCCAAGCUCGGUGCUUUGGCCGAAGAUCCCACCAAAAUCAUCUUCUCCAAUAUCGUCAAUUCAGUCAUCUCGCUCCACCGAGCUGGCCUCGUCCACCGGGACAUCAAGGACGAAAACAUCCUCGUCGACCUCGAAACCCUCGAAACCAACAUCAUCGACUUCGGCUGUGCGACCAAGACUACUGAUGCUCCGAUGACUCAGCUUACCGGCACACCUGAAUUCUUCGCUCCGGAGAUGUACACGACCGGAAGCUACAAAGCAGAGGAAACAGCUGUCUGGAGCCUCGGCACUCUUCUCUACUGCCUUCUCGUCGGCCAGAUUCCCUUCCAGACGGACAAGCAAAUCGUCCGCCUUGAGACCUGCCAGCCCGAACUCGAAAAGAACCUCUCCGAAGACGCCAAAGAUCUUCUCAAAUCGCUCCUCCAGCUCAACCCCGCUCGUCGACCAAAGCUGAAAGAAAUCCUCGACCAUCCUUGGUUUUUCAACUUCGCCUAA